AUGCCGCUGAAUCCAAAAAACGGUAAUCGGAAAGGAACGUCGGAAACUGAGAAGAAUCGCCGGGGAAAGUUACCGGAGAAAGCCAUGUCGUUUCACGGCAGAGCUACGAUGCCUCUAUCGAAUCCAAAUGAGCUUCGAAGACCGAAGACGUUACCGGAAUUGUUCUCCAACGGUCAUCAAACCUUCGUCGGACCGGUGGCUUCUAUCCCGCGUCUGACGAAACUGCUUCUCAACGUGACGGUUCAAGGGAGUCUAGGCGCUGUUCAGAUUAUAAUCUCACCGGAAUCCACCGUGAACGAUUUAAUCGACGCCGCGAUUCGUCUGUAUGUGAAAGAAGCUCGACGACCGUUCUUACCGGAAUCUGAUCCGUCGCGAUUCGAUCUUCACUACUCGCAGUUUAGCCUCGAAAGUAUUGGAAGAGAUCAGAAGCUAAUUUCGCUUGGAUCGAGGAACUUUUUCUUAUGUGGUCGGAAAGAGAACGGAGGAGGAUUCAACAACGGUGGUGGAUCAUCGGAAUCGUGUUCGAAGGAAGCAGAGAAAGUGGCUAAAACUGGUUUUCACUGGCUCAAAUUCAUCGGUUUCUAA